CGGCAUACGCGUUUAACUGCGUUUAACGGUUAACACAAUAUUCGACAAGCUUUACGGAAUAUAUAAUUUCACCAUUACUUAUUGUCGUCUGAACGUGUCAUUUACUUUAUUUAUUGAGAUCAUUGUAGUAUAACUUUCCAAAUUUAUAAUCCACGUAGUGAUUUACAUUUACACAAGAUUACUAUUUAGGUAACAGAUUAACAGAAAAUGCCAAAAUCAAAGGAAUACUUGUCUACGGACGACGAGAGUAGCAGCGAAGCAGAGCAAGUAAAGCCAAAGAAGAAGCAGAAGAGAGAAGCCGAAGAUAAAGAGGAAAAGGCAUCAAAGAAACCGAAAAAGGAGACAAAGGAAUCGAAAGAGGAAGCAGAUACCAUAUGGGAUUUGGGAAGCAAUCGCCAAGUCAGUGUACGCGAUUUUAAAGGAAAACUGUAUGUUGAUAUCCGAGAAAUGUACUACGAUAAGGAUGCAACUUUGAAACCAGGAAAGAAAGGAAUCUGUUUGAAUAUGACACAAUGGCGAAAAUUACUGGCAGUUGUAGAAGAUGUAGACCAACUGGUGAAAUCGAAGUGUUGAGCAUUUUGGGAGAACCAUUUACCUAAUGCAAAUUUAAUACAUGUUUAUCAUUUGUAAAAUGUAUGGUAAUACAGCUUUUUGUUCGUAUAGCUAUAACGUAAAGUCAUUCUCUAUUCGUUAAAACACAAUGUUUUUAAUAAAAAUUACGAUUCUA